CAGCUGAAGAGAAAAAACGAAAAAUGUUGGCAGACUUCUUAAGAAGGGAAGGCUCCUCACCUCUAGGUGCGGAAGGCAUGUAUAAGAUGACUUACAAGGAAGCUGCAGACGAACUGAUGAAAGCACAGAAAGGAAAAACAGCCGCACAAGACCAAAAGAAGCAGGCUGAAUUACAUGGAAAAAUUAACCUCAAGAUACCGGACGAAAAGGCUAAGGAAUUGUUACAGGAUACUACCACCGAAGGAGCCGCUCAUAUAGCUGACGUCAUAAAGGGUCGUGGUGAAGCCAUGGAAGCCAUUCACCAGAAAAUGAAAGAAACAGGCAACGCACAGCUUGUGGACGUAGGCGGAGUUAAAAAAAGUUACAAAGAAGGCGCGGAAAUGUUAACCCAGGCUCGAACAUUUGUACCAGAUGCUGCACCACCAAGUGUUGCUAGCGCGGUAAUAAAAAACGUCGAGAAACUUGAAGCUACACCAAAAUCAGCACUAGGACAAGAACAUUUAAAAGAUACCCAGAAAAUUGUGGGCGAGUAUAUUGCCGGUCAAGUUGCAAAAGAAAGUGCCGCCACAGCUAGAGUCGGCGCGCCCGGGGCCCGUCCAUCUGGAGCCGGCGCAACCAACGUACCCGAUGCCGGCGCUCCCGGGACCGGAGCAGCCGGGGCCGGGGCACCCGAGGUUGGUGGGCCUGGUGGUGUCGGACUAGGGGCCGGUGCUUCUCGAACAAGCGGACUUGGUGGAUCAGGUACAGGAUACGAAACAGAAGCGCAACGAAAGAAGAGAGAAGAAGAAGAAGAUAGACUGAAGGCAGAAGCAGAGGAAUUACUACUUGCACAAACAGAUCCAGAGCGAUAUAACUGCUUACAACUGUUGUAUAAAGCGUUGCUUGCGCGUGCUGCGCAGAAUUUCCAUGGAACUCCACCGAUCUCUCUUACGCAUCAGCAGGCUUAUAACUGGUUGAAAUUGAGAAAAAGAAUAGAUAAAUCAAUUUCCAACUCGCCGGACACCGAUCGCCUGUCGAAGAAAUUUGAGAAAAAGCUAGCCGAACUUGUUGUGUCAUCCACACCAGAGGACUUACGGGAUGUAAUGCAAGAUGUGAUCAUCGAGUCAUCACACAAAUUAGCGGAGUACUUCGUUUCUGCUAAUUACAAGGAAACCGUUAAGACUUUAUUAAUAUCCGAAAUGCAGAGAAAGGGCAACGAACUACUUAUAGAAAACAACAGUGGCGCAGAGAGCUACUUCUAUGCCGCCCAAAGAUUGAAACUAGAACCGGGUUCUCUAGAUGCUAACGAGCCGUGCUUCAAGAUUGCAUAUGACUUGACAAAAAAGCUGGAAGAUAUGAUGCGUCACCGCACUAUGCCAAGAAAGUAUGCCGUCACUGCUAAAGAACACGUCAGGGAAGUUGCUGACUAUUUGUCACCAAACGUUACGAAACGACAUGAAAACAUCGAAGCGUACGUCGAUUUAUUAGCUGAAAUGGAAUCUACCGGCGAUAAGUUACUUGUUGAGGGUGAAAUUCCUAAGUCUUAUAAAGACUCCGCUGCUUAUUUAAGACGGCUAACGUCAUUCCAAGAUAAAAUUUGUCAGCCAAACUCGAGUUUGCAAAGUGAUAUAGAAGGCAAACUUAAGACACUGAUGUCAAAUGCGGAGUCCAGAGUCCAAAUGCGGAGUUAUGGCAAAUCUGUUAUGGACAACGUAAUCACUGAAAAUACGCGCUUGUUGGUAUCCUACAUAACACUGCAAGGUAAUCAAUAG